AUGACGGGUGUCCUAAGCGACGAUGCCAUAACCAAAUUUGCUGAUUGCCUUCUUUGGCCCACAGGAUUUGCAGCCAAUAUGGCGUUGAUGGUAGCUUUGGGAAAUGUUGGCUCUCUCUUGGCUGCUGGAAAAACACCUUUAACUAAUGAAAAAAUUGCAAUUUUUUCUGAUGCACUAAACCAAGCGUUAAUAACCAAUGGUAUUCUUCUUGCCGAACGACAAAAAUCUGUAGAGAUAUUCAUCUAUAGACAUUAUGACAUGACUCACCUUAAUGUAUUGUUAUCAAGUUGCACAAUGAGGAAGAAAGUCGUCAUGACUGAUAGCUUGUUUAGUAUGGACGGAGACUUUGCACCAAUGAUUGAGCUUGUGAAGCUAAGCAAAGCGCAUGGCUUUCUGUUAGUUAUUGAUGAUGCUCAUGGAACAUUUGUUUGUGGCAAAAAUGGUGGGGGAGUGGCAGAGCAAUACAAUUGUGAAAGAGAUGUUGACAUAUGUGUUGGGACUUUGAGUAAGGCUGCAGGUUGCCAUGGCGGAUUCAUAGCAUGCAGCAAAAGGUGGAAGCAACUCAUACAAUCAAGGGGUCGGUCUUUUAUAUUUUCAACUGCUACGCCAAUACCAAUUUCUGCUGCUGCCCGUGGUAAUAUAUAAUUUUGUUUGUUACAGGUGCUUUAGUUGAAU